CAGGAGGACAAGAUGAAUAAAAGAAACAAAAUUGAUAGUUUUUUCCAAUUGCAAACCACAGAAUCGGGCACUUCAACUCAAGCUAGUGUUAAUAAUCCCCGUGUUACAGCUGCACUUGGGCCUGGUGAUAUUGAAUCAGAUCCUGGUUUGAGAAAACCAAUUGAGCAAUUGGAUCCAGAUGUUAGAGAUCUUGCUAGAAGGGAGUAUAUUAGUAGGGGUCCAUACCAACCAACUAAUCAUACAUAUGAACGAAAAUGGUUAGGAAGUGGCUACAGAAGCUUUCAUGACUAUUGGUACGAUGAUCACCGUAGUUGGUUGGAGUAUAGUGUUGAUAAAGAGGCUACCUUUUGCUUUUUCUGUUUUCUAUUUAAGCAACCAAGAGCUGAAAACUAUGGUAUUGAAGCAUUUACCAAGAAUGGGUUUAAAACAUGGAAGGAUGGCCCUAGUGUUCUUAGUCGCCAUGUUGGUAAACAUGACAGUGCUCAUAAUAAGGCUAGACAACAUUAUUUGGCUUUCAAAAAUCAGAGGCAAAAUAUUCCACAUGUGCUUGUUCGGGGUACUAAUAGUGAACAAGAAAAAUACAAAGCUCGUCUCUUGAUUAUGUUGGGUGUUGUCAAGUUCUUGCUUCUACAAGGCCUUGCUUUUCGUGGUCAUGAUGAGUCUAUUACAUCGAAGAAUAAGGGUAACUUUAAGGAGCUUCUGGAAUGGUACACAAAGAAAGAUCCAACAGCAGAAAAAUUGAUUGGGGAAGCCGGGGACAACCAUAAGCUGACUUCACAUGGGAUACAAUUGGACUUGUGCAAGGCUUGUGCAGAAGAGACCACCAAAGCCAUUAUUCAGGAUAUUGGAGAUAGUAAAUUCUCCUUGCUUGUUGAUGAGUCCAGAGAUGCAUCUAUUAAGGAGCAAAUGGCAAUGUGUUUGAGGUAUGUCAACAAAAGAGGCGAGGUGAUUGAGAGAUUUAUUGCAAUUGAGCAUGUUCUUGAUACUAGAGCAACUUCACUUAAGACAGCUUUGGAUGGUAUCUUUGCUACUAAUGGCUUAUCUAUGUCUAAUUUGAGAGGGCAGGGUUAUGAUGGGGCUUCUAAUAUGCGAGGGGAAUUUCGUGGGCUGCAAAGGUUGAUCCUGGAUGAAAAUCCAUAUGCUCAUUACAUACACUGCUUUGCACAUCAGUUGCAAUUAGUUGUUGUUGCUGUUGCUAAGUGUUGUUCAUCAGUAAGGGAUUUUUUUGAGUAUACUAGCAUGGUUGUCAAUAUUGUUAAUGCUUCAUGUAAAAGACAUGAUCAAUUGGCCCAAGAGCAACAUGAUGAAAUUGUGCGCCAAUUAGAGGAAGGGGAAACUGUUGGUGGGAAGGGAAAAAAUCAGUUAACUAAUCUUGCAAGACCUGGUGAUACACGGUGGGGAUCACAUCAUAGGACCUUAUGCCGCCUUAUUUUGAUGUGGAAACCUGUUUUGAAGGUAUUAGAAAAUCUAUUCCUUGAUGCAGAGAAUGUUACACAAAGAACCACAGCUGAGGGGUUGAUAAAGCACAUGGAGACAUUUGAAUUUGUUCUCAUAUUGCAUAUUAUGAUUAGAAUAUUGGGCAAGACUAAUGAUCUGUCAUAUUGCUUGCAAAAGAAGAAUCAGAACAUUGUGCGUGCUGUGGGAUUGAUCAAAUCCACAUUGGAUAGAAUUCAAGAGAUAAGGCAGGAUGGUUGGGAUGGGCUCCUUCAAGAGGUAACUGACUUUUGUCUCAAAUACAAUAUUGUAGUGCCAAACAUGGAAGAUACAAGGACAUCCAAUGGUCGUUCAAGGACUUGGGGUGGGCAAUUGGUUACAUAUUAUCAUUAUUUCAGAAUUGAAAUAUUCAAUGUUCUGCAUGAUCAAAUUAUUGUUGAGUUGAACAACCGCUUUGCUGAAAGAUCCACUCAAUUGUUGAGAUGCAUAGCUUGUCUUGAUCCUAGAAAUUCAUUUGCCAAUUAUGAUGAAGACAAACUAGUUGAGCUUGCUAAUAUGUAUGUUGCUGACUUCUCUACAUAUGAAGUCGCUUUUGUCCUUAGAAACCAAUUGGAAUCAUUCAUCCAUGAAGCAAGAACUGAUUCUCAUUUGAUGAACUGUAAUGACCUUGGUCAUCUUGCCAUGAAGAUGGUUCUAGCUGAUAUGCACACAUCUUUCCCCUUGGUUUAUCGCCUUGUUGAGUUAGCAUUAAUUUUACCAGUUGCAACUGCAACAGUGGAAAGGGUCUUUUCAGCAAUGAGCAUCAUCAAGACUGGGUUGAGGAACAAGAUGGGUGAUGAUUGGAUGAAUCACAGAAUGGUCUGUUAUAUUGAGCGAGAUGUAUUUGUUAGUAUUGAAGAGUCAAAGAUCAUAGAGCGAUUUCAAGGAUAUUGCUCUCGUAAAGGUCUUUUACCUCGUCCUAGAAGUAAGUUUUCAUUUUUUUGCAUCCAUUAUGAACUAUCUCAUGUUGCUUGUGUAUGUACUGAUGAACGAUCAACAUCUUAUAUUUCAAGGGCUGGCUUCUUCUACUACCGAAGAUGAAAUCAUGGGAGGCUCG